AUGGCGCAACUCACUAGACUUCAAACAUUUCCAGACAAGCCGAGGGUGUUUGUCCUAACAGACAUCUCAAACGAGCCCGACGAUGCCGAAUCCCUCGUCCGCUACCUUCUCUACUCUAACCAGUUCCAGACCGAGGGCCUCGUUGCCGUCUCAUCGACAUGGAUGAAGAACAAAGUCUGCCCGCAAGAUAUUCAUAAGAUUCUCGACGCCUAUGCCGGCGCCGUGGAUAACCUCAACAAACACACGCAUCCAGACUACCCUUACCCCUCAGCCGACAGCCUACGAGCCUUGGUCAAGUCUGGCCCGCCGGUCUAUGGCUUCGCUGGCGUAGGCGCGGACAAGCCUUUGACCGACGGCGCCCAGCUGCUCCUCGAGAGGAUCGAGGCUUCGUCGCAAGAUCCCCUGUGGGUGCUUGUCUGGGGCGGCACCAACGUCCUCGCCCAGGUCCUCCUCACCAUUCGCGAUAAACGCUCCCCCGAAGAGGCGGCUAAGUUGCGAUCGAAGCUCAGAGUGUACACAAUCUCCGACCAGGACGACACCUCCGCCUGGAUCCGCACUCAGUUUCCCGAUGUUUUCUAUAUCUCCUCCAUCCAUGGCUGGAACCAAUACGGACUGGCAGCGUGGACUGGUAUCUCUGGAGACAAAUACUACGGCUUCGACCAGGGCGGCCCGGACUUCUCUAAAGUUUCAAAGCAAUGGAUCAAGGAGAACAUCCAAAUCGGCCCGCUAGGCUCCGCGUACCCCGAUUUCCUCUUCAUUCCAGAGGGCGAUACCCCGACUUUCCUCUACCUUAUCCAGAACGGGCUCGGUGAUCGAAUGCACCCAGAAUACGGCUCGUGGGGUGGUCGUUACGCGCUCACCGAUGCCAGUGAUGCCGGCCAGCAGGGCAAGCAUUACAGCGACAUGUCCGACUCGGUCGUCGGCGUCGACGGCAAGUCAUACCGUUCUAACCAGGCUACCAUCUGGCGAUGGCGUGACACCUUUCAAAACGAUUUUGCUGCGCGCAUGCAGUGGUCACUGAACCCUGACCUCGCUUCGACAAAUCACCAUCCCAUCGUCAUUGUCAAUGGUUCUCAGAGCCUUGAGCCGCUAUACUUCGAGGCUGAAGCCGAUUCCACGAUCGAACUAGACGCUUCAGAGACAUACGACCCCGACGGAGAUGAGUUGACGUUCAAGUGGUGGCAGUACCGCGAACCCAGCGCUUCGCAGUGGUUGGUCCACUUUGAGGUCUCGGAGCUCGGUAUUCAAAAGCUGGACUCGGAGGGCAAGAAGAUCAGGGUCACGGUACCAGAGCCUGAGAAGUCUUGCAUGGAGCUCAUUAGCCAGCAGCCGGUGGCAAAGGGCCAGUUGCUGCAUCUCAUCUUGGAGGUUAUCGAUAGCGGGACACCCGCGUUGACGAGCUACCGCCGCGUUCUGAUCCAAGCGACGAACAAGGACUUGAGAGGAGGUAAGCCUUUGAAGGAAGGGCAAGAAUUAAAUGCUAUCGGUGAUGCUAUGAAGGAUUACACUGGUUAA